UCUCCCCUACUGCACCGAAAAGCAGGUUGCUUUCUGCGCUUUUUCCUUGCGCCAGUUACUCGUGUUCAAUCGGUGGAGCAAAGGCGAUUCCGAUCUUUGACGAAUUCGUAUCGUCACUGCGAUCGUCGGUGGCUGCGGCGGUCGGUGGCGGUGGUCGGUGGUUGUUGUCGCCGGUGGUGGAGGCAUCCUCGAUUUCUCGAAGCGGUGGGAGAGAAGGAGACGAGGGAGUAGGAGGAGAAGAUGGUGUCGGCGAACCAGGAAAUGGCGGUCUAUUGCUUCGACACCCUCGUCGCCCAUUACAACAGCGAGGAAGCUCCUCCUCCUGCCUUCGAUGCUGGACAACACCCAUUAUUUGUGACUUGGAAGAAAGUGGUCAAUGGCAGCGAGCCUCGUCUUCGUGGAUGUAUUGGAACUCUGGAAGCCCGUUGCUUGAUCAAUGGUUUUAAGGACUACGCCUUAACCAGCGCUUUAAGGGAUCGAAGGUUUCCUCCUAUACAGGCUAAAGAAUUGCCUUUUCUCGAAUGUACUGUUUCCAUCCUCACUGAUUAUGAAAAUGCUAACAACUAUCUUGAUUGGGAGGUAGGGACGCAUGGUAUAAUUAUUGAAUUCACCGAUCCUGAUUAUAAUACACGCCGAAGUGCUACCUAUUUGCCUGAGGUGGCUGCCCAUGAAGGUUGGACAAAAAUAGAGGCUAUAGAUUCCCUGAUGCGGAAAGCUGGCUAUAAUGGCACCAUCACCGAGUCGAUGAGAAAGCGCAUUCGACUAACCCGUUACCAGAGCACCAUAUUUACUAUGCAUUAUAGCGAUUAUGUCACGUACGUGAGGGCGAACAGAGGCUCGGCCGCAUCUAUUAAUGGGGCUAUGCCUGCUAAUUAUUGAUUACCGAAUGGCUCUGCAGAUUUGGCAGGGCUCUUUCAGUGCAAUCUGAAGAUUAUUUAAGACGGAACAACUUGGGAUGGUACAUUGCUGUUUGGGUUCCAUCUCCCCCUCUAUCAAAUGUUUGUGACCUGUUUUAUAAGAUUCUUCAAAUUCAUCUGAUUUUGAAGAGACAAGAAAAACUUGUUCCAUAAACCGUGGGACACUGAUCCCGGGGACAGACAAUUCUCAUUUUGGCCGUUCCUAAGGGAAGUGUGCCGCUGUAUCAUUGACUUGCUGUAACUUUAAAAAGGGUCUCAUUUCCGUUUGCCAA